CUCUCCACUUUCCUUUCCACAAACCAGAGGAAAAGAAAAUGUUGGUGAUGCUGAAGCAGUUUUCCAUCUCCGUUCUCCUCAUUUUCUCUCUCCUCUCUCUUUCUCUCUCUAACCCUGAAAAUCCAGAUUUCACCACUUUGUUAGCCUUCAAGCUCUCUUCGGACACUUCAGACUCUCUCUCGUCCUGGUCUAACUCGUCCGACCACUGUUCCUGGCUCGGCGUCAAAUGCAACCCAUCGACUCACCGAGUCGCCAAACUCGUCCUCAACCAGCUCAACCUCACCGGGUCAAUCCAACUCUUAACUCGCCUCACCCACCUCCGCCACCUCAGCCUCCACCACAACCACCUCUCCUCAACCCCCGCGAACCUCGCCACGUGGCGCAACCUCAAACACCUUUACCUCGCUCACAACCGCUUCGCCGGAAAUUUCCCCGCCGGAAUAUCCAAUCUUACUCGCCUCCGUCGGCUUGACCUCUCUUACAAUUAUUUCUCCGGCGUGAUUCCGAUGAACGAGUUGACUCAGCUGCCGCACUUGCUCACUCUCCGACUCGAGUCCAACUCGUUCACCGGAGGACUCAGUCAUCUCGACUCGAACGAGUCGUCAUCAGACUCGAUUUCGGACUUCAACGUCUCCGGCAAUCACCUCGCCGGGAAAAUCCCAAAUUGGCUGUCAAAGUUCCCGGCUGCUUCAUUUUCCGAGAACCAGAACCUCUGCGGCAAGCCAUUGCCGUCGCAUUGCUCUAUUAAGCCACUCGCUAGCAAUCGGAACGGGACGGCCGGGAGUGAAUCCGUACAAAUUAGGGACUCCGGUGAUCACAAGAGGAAUUUAAAUCCCGGGGUGGUACUGACCAUUAUCACUGUUGAUGUAGCUGCAAUUGUAGCAACGGUCGGGAUAGUCACGUACUGUUGUUACAAAAGGAGGUACAGAAAUAGAUAUAGAGAGAGAAAGAGAGAAGCGAAGAGCUUUGUAGUGCCAAGUGGUGUAGAGAGAGAGAAUGAGGAGAUGGUUUUCUUCGAGGGUUGCAAGGGUUUUACUAAGGUGGACGAGCUGUUGAAGGCAUCGGCUGAGAUGUUGGGUAAAGGGAGUGUGGGGACCACUUAUAAGGUUGUGAUGGACGGUGGUGAUGUGGUGGUGGUGAAGAGGGUGAGGGAGAGGAGGAAGAGGAAGGAGGUUGAUGGGUUGUUGAGAGAAAUUGGUGGGCUGAGACACCCUAAUGUUGUGGGCCUUAGGGCUUGUCAUUCUUCCAAGGAUGAGUUGCUUUUGGUCUAUGAUUUUCUGCCCAAUGGAAGCCUCCAUUCUCUCUUGCACGGUAAUCGAGGACCAGGAAGGACACCAUUAGAUUGGACAACAAGGUUAAAUUUUGCUUCAGGUUCAGCUCAAGCCCUUGCCUUCCUGCACUCUCACAACAAAUCCAAGCUAUUCCAUGGACAUCUCACUUCCUCAAACAUCAUAGUCGAUCACUUGGGCAAUGCAUGUAUAUCAGACAUUGGACUCCACCAACUCUUGCCACUACCGUCUUCAUCAAACAACGCCUACAAAGCCCCCGAACUAAUCCUCAACAACAACAUCAACUGCAACCACCCCCGGAAAUUCCUGCAGGGAUGCGACGUUUAUAGCUUUGGAGUAGUUCUGGUGGAGAUUUUGACCGGGAAAAUUCCGACGAGCGAAGGAGAAACGAGUUUGGUGAGGUGGGUGCAACGUGCGGUGGGCGAAGAGUGGACGUGGGAAGUGUUUGAUUUUGAGCUGUUGAGGUACAAGGAGAUGGAAGAAGAGAUGGUGGCACUCCUGCAAGUGGCCUUGCUGUGCUUGGCCCAUUCGCCGAGAGACCGGCCGAAGAUGAGUGUGGUCCAUAGGAUGAUUGAAGAUAUCAGGACAAAGGGUGGCAAGGAAGGAAGGUCUCAGAAUCCUUUGAAUUAUCUGUCGUCUGAUUCUUCUUCUCUAUCAGAAAGUAUUCACAACUUCAUUAGCAGCUAGUGGUUAUUCGAAUACAUUUGUGUUUUUCAGCUACUAGUUUUAUAAAUUUUUGUUCUUUGUUUUUAAUUUGACUGCAGUCACAUUCUUUAAUUUGAUGGUUGAACUGAUUUUAAUUUGAUUUUAUUAUGAGACAUUUCUUCAAUGUUUGGGUC